AUGGCUAACCUCCAGAGCGUUCGAGAGCCUCGAAACAGGGAAAUGAAGAUACUGAUCCUUGGACUAGCCCGCACCGGCACGUCAUCUCUCACCGCCGCCCUCCAACAAUUGGGAUACAGUCCCUAUGACUGGCCCGACCGAUGUGUGCUCGGUCACCUCCCUCGGUGGACCGAAGGCCUCCAAGCGAAAUACCUAAGCCGUGGCCGACCACUCGAAGCCGACGAGAUGGACCAACUCACCAGUAACUUUGACGUACUGCGCUCCAUUCCUUAUCCUUCAGCUUUCUCUAUGUACCAUCUUGGCUGA